GUGAAGCUCCUCCUACAACAAUCCACCAAUAAAUGCUGGAGUCAAACACAGAGAGAAAUCACUCCAUGUGUGACAACUGAAAUCUUCAUGAUAUAAUGUUGAUGCUGGUGAAAGAGGAGCUUGAGAAGAUGACAGAUACACAACCAUGCAGAAUAAAGGAAGAAGAUACUGAGGAACAAAUAGAUAUGAUGGAAGUGAAAGAGGAGAGUCAAGCUGAAGUGGAUGAAAAACAUCAGAUUGUAAAAAUAAACCAUAAUGUUUCACAGAAAGAAACUCUGAAGACAGAAGACAUAAAGUGUGAAAAUAGUUUCAGUGAAGAUGAACGCCCUGCAGAUCACAAGAGGACUCACAGUAAGCAGAAACCUUUCACAUGUCAACAGUGUGGAAAGAGUUUUAGAACAAAAGAUAACCUUAAAGCACACAUGAGGAUCCACACUGGAGAGAAACCAUUCACAUGUCAACAGUGUGGAAAGAGUUUCACCUUUCAAACGAACCUUAACCGCCACAUGAAAACUCACAGUGGGGAAAAGCCACACGCAUGCCAUCACUGUGACAAGAGUUUCAUAGAUAAAAGUCAACUUAAGAAACACAUAAGAGUUCACACUGGAGAGAAACCUUUCACGUGUCAACAGUGUGGAAAGAGUUUUUCUAUUGAAAGUAACCUUAAGAUACACGCAAGAAUUCACACUGGAGAGAAACCUUUCACGUGUCCACAGUGUGAAAAGCGUUUCAUAGAUAAACAUGGACUUGAGAUUCAUGUGAGAAGUCACACUGGAGAAAAACCUUACAUAUGCUCUCAGUGUGAAAAGAGUUUUACAUGUCGAAGUAAUCUUAAGACACACAUGAAAGUUCACACUAGAGAAAAACUGUUCACAUGUCUUCAGUGUGAAAAGAGUUUCAUAAAUAAACGUGGACUUAAUAAUCACAUGAGAAGUCACACUAAAGAGAAACCGUUCAAAUGCCAUGAGUGUAAAAAGAGUUUCAAAACAAAAGCUUAUAUUAAAAUACAUGCAAGAUUUCACACUCAAUAGAAACCAUUCAUGUGUCAACAGUGUGGAUAUGGCAACAAAGUUUAUAAAUCAGCUGAGGUCUUUUUAAUAAAACUGUGCGUAGGAUCCUUACUUAAAGAGCCACACAGAUCCAAAAUUGAAACUGACCUGUAUUGCAGUGUGUCAUGUAGCUGUCCAUCAAUGUAAACAAUGUGCAAAGUAGUUGAACCAAAAAGUGCACGAUUAAUAAAGUUAUUGGCAUCUAAAGUAGGGAGUCGACUCUGAAUCGCUGAAACGAGUCGUCAUAUGGAUUGAAUCUCCUGCCUGACUUUAUCCACAUAAUACGUAAUAACAUAAUGGUUCAGUACCCACUUUAUUUGGAACAACAUGCAUCUCCUAACCAUAACUUGUAAGUAUGAUUAUAGCUACAUACUUGCUUAAAUGAGUGUAAAAAUUUGAAUGUCUGUUGUCGUUUUUAUAACUUGGACUAAUGAUGAAUGAUGUGUAUUGAUGAUGUUGUUUAAACUCUUAAUAUACUUUCAGAGAGUCACGUUAGCAAGUGGCUAACGUAUGCUGCACUUACGGUUUUGCUAUGACCCGGUUAGUUUACAUAAAUGCUUAAAGGUAUUGCGGAAGAUUUUCUUUUUUCGGGUGGAUCAUCAAGACUAUUGGUCCUCCUAGUUGUCAAUCAGGAGUGUUGCGCAAUUGCAUUUUUUAAAAAGUGAAGAAGGCGGUUCUUUUCUAAAAUUCAAGAAAAUCCUCCGCUACACCUUUAAAUGAGUGUAAAAUAGUUUCUGUCAUCAUUUUUAUUGCUUGGAUUAAUGAUAAAUGAUGUGUAUUGAUGUAAAUAAUCUGCCACUGAUAAAUGAUGUGUAUUGAUGUAAAUAAUCUGCCACUGAUCUGUGUCAGUUGACCAAUCAGAGCAGAGUAGGCUACUGAAAGGUGGGGUUUAGGCUAGGGCUGGGUCAGAAUAUUCGAUUAUUCAAAUAUUCGUUUGGUGGGUUGUAGGGUUGUGACAAUUAAUCGGGCAAAUGCGCGUUUUCUCAAUGAAUGAAUUUGAAUGAAUUACGGUGAUAUGCAACCACAUCCAAAACCCAGAGGGCGCUCUCAUGCAGAAACACCAUUUGUGCUACAGAAGAAGUAGCAUUACUAAUGCUGCGUUCCAGGCAACCUGUAACCCGUAACUCACGACUUCAAAACCACGACUCUGAACUGGGAGUACAUCGAUCUAGUACGAGUUCACGGGUGGGAAGUCACGGGUUUGACUGCCGUUCCAGUGCAAUUUCACCGGUAGAAGGUUGUAAAAACACGAGUUACAGGCUGCCUGGAACGCAUAGGGUCGUGAGUCGUGGUUUUGAAGUUGUAACUCACGGGUUUAAAAACCUGCCUGGAACGAAGCAUAACACUACUCCAGGAAAUAUCUAGAGGCAUAUUUAUAUCGCUGUUCUUCAGAUUGUUUCAGGUAUUUUCAUGAUGAUAAUAAAUAAUAUUUUAAAUGAUUGUGUUUGACGAGUGUUGCUUUUUUAAAUGCACGUUAUAAACGAGUCAAACUUGUAGUGAUUUUAAAUUGAUAAGGACUUCCUACUGAUCACGGAGCCGUAGUACAUGCACAAGCUGUGCAUGAAACACUGAAUCGGAGCCUUACGAUUCAGAAUCGAUUUU